UUAUAAUUAGCCCAAACAGGGGUACCGGCGCACAGAUCGAGUCAGCAGGGAACACGACAGAUUGAGUCAGAGCUCGGACGAUGGCCUUCCAUCAUCGAACCAUCCCACGGAGAUUGGGAUGGCGAACUGCACUGACUCAUUGAUGGGCACUGGUAAAAAUGCUUCUCCAGGCAUAGCGCUAUCCUGUGCUUGGCAUCAAUUCUGACUACUAUGUUUUAUUCAAUCCUUGAUCAGUCAGCUCCAAUCUAGUUAAUACCAUUCUCUUUUACUUCUCAUGUCUUAUGUCUUAUAUUUAGUAGUAAAAUUGUCAUAUUGGUGGCCUUAUUAACGUUCAGAUAUACUAGAGCAUCUACAUCACGUGAGGAAUAUCGCUGUGCCUACAUUCUAAUACCUACAAGUCUCUUCUGCGUAUACGCUUCACUCCCGGAUAGACCGUCGUGAAUACUUACCAAAUUCGCAAAAUUAUCUUCUCAGAUGGCAGACACUACGGAACGGCUCCAGCCUACCCCGUCUGAAUUAAACCAUGCAACAGACAAGUCCCGCUCAUACUGGCAAGCCCUUGCCGAUGAAGUUAUUGCUCCUCACGAACAAGGAACCAUUCCCCAGAAUAUCACGCUCCACGAUAUGCUUGGUCAGGUGCCCGCAAUGCCUGAUACGCCGCUAGAUAUAUACCAGAUUUCUCUCGGUCCCGAUUCUACUAAGAAAGCUAUUCUGACUGCAGCAUCCUCCACAAUGCGCCCCACCGACGAUGCAGCAUGCGGUGUUGGCGAAACCCUCAAGGUCACUCGAGCGGCUCUACUGAUGGGUGUUCGCGCACCAAUCUCGUGUAAUUGGACUGGGGCUAGCUUUGGCCAAGAGGCUAUGGCUGACGAUGGGAGCCGAGGCCGGCCGAACUAUGUAGGGGUCGUGUCGCUUGCAUGGUCGUAUAUUUUGUCCGUUCGUUUACUGGAACUACAAAAGCACGACGGCGCUGAAGCUGAGUACACGAACUCUACAGCGAGUUGGUGUUCUUCACACGAUGUGUGUGCUCCUGGAUCGGCUUCUACCAUCAAUAUCGGCAACGUAGACGCACAUGCCGCCCGAUGGUGGGCGGCUAUACUAGCCCCCGGACGAGGUUGGAAGGUAAUUAUCACCCAACAGGGAAACGAAGCCUACUUCGCACCGUGGUCUCUUUCUCUAGAGCUCGACUCAUGUCCGAGCAUCGUAUGGGCAGAUAAUGGGCCCCUUCCGCAGGACCCUACUAUUUACCCACCUCCUUCAUCCCGAACAGCUCUCGAAUUCCUUGUCGGAAUCUGUCUGCUCCACGACCUCGGUAGUCAAUUCCAUGCAGGCUUUGCAGCAGCAUUGACUUUUCCCACCCAUAGUCAUUAUCAGAGGGCUGUUGAACUACCGCUUCCAUUUAGCAACAGCAACCACCAAAGAUAUCCUCCGUCUGAGCAAACCACAACAGACCAACUGGCUAUCUACGAGUCUCUUUCCUUUUAUCUAACCCUCAGUUGCAAUCACAGCGUCAUAAUGUCCAGUCUCUGCGGGUCAUUCUGGGAGCCUAGCAUCCCAUGCAAUCUCGUCACCCCGUGGCUCCAUCCCAUCCUAAACGAAGUAUCGCAAAGACCCGAGAUACUCAAUACCCCAGGACGCUAUGCUGAAAUCGUAGCUCUCAUAUGCGGUAUCCGUCGACCGCGCCUUUCUUCCCUCUGGAUUGGCGCUGCUAUAAGCGGCCUAAUACCCAAAAUCACAGCUCUAGUCAAGGGCGGUACGCCUCCUCUCGACCCCAACGGCUAUCCGUGGACAGGUUGUCCGCAAGGCUUUAUGGACUUGGCGGGUUCAGGCCCAUAUCUAUAUCGCAAUCCCUCGAACCAAAACCUUAUCCGAAGAGUUGACAUAUGGCGUCUGUUGUAUCUUCCCGUUUUAGAGGACGACGGUCUGUAUUAUGAAAGUCUCCCGUUUUCCCCGUGGGAGCCUGUCGGGCAGAGUAUAGAGCUGAAUUGCGCCCUGCGCGUGAGAGCACACCGGCUCUGUUCUAGACAUCGCCUUCUCUAUGAACAUUGGACUUGGAAUCUAUUAGACGGGUCGAAAGUCCAGGACAGGGGGUUUACUUCUGUCAGGCGUCAGAACAGUCCGCGGAACUUUCUCGUAUUCUCCAAGUCAGCACCAAGUGACAACGCGCGUCCAAUUAUGCCGCUCGCGCAAGACCAGGAGGCGUCGCGUGAGGCAUCCAUAGCUGUAUUUGAAUGGGUGCUUGCAAAUCACGAAGGCCGACCCCCUUCAGAACCGAUCUAUGAUGAUGAAUGGAUAGCGCACUGUACUGCCUACGAUGAUGAUUCAGACUUGGGUAUGGGUAUUGAACCUACUGAUGAGGAAUGAUUCCCCGCGGAGUCAACCUCGAACCUCUCGGGCAACAACGGUGAGAAUCGUGUAGCAGUGGGAUGUCGGAUCAGUGAUUGGAUGGACAACAUUCCCUAAUCAUCCAAUAUCCAUUGGGAGACACAUCCUAAGCCAUAUAUGGUUGUGUUUUCAUGAUCCGGCAUCAAGUAAACAGAAAAAGUGGCCAAUCUCCCACUCGCCGGUGAUGGUCAAUCGAUCACCAAGUACGAACAUUUACUGGCUCCAGAGUAGGACUAGGGCUAAAUGAGAGCGGAAAUAAAUCAGAUAUGAGAAAUAAAAAGAAAGAAAAAAAAUGCUUGACAAGGCAGGGGUUCGAACCCUGGACUCAUUACGAAGCAGGGUUUUUCACGCCAACUGUGAACAGUAGCGCUGCUUAAAUCUGCCGCCUUAACCACUCGGCCACCUUGCCAUUUUAGCAAUUAGGAUAUUCGAGGUUUCGAUCCUUG